AUGCGUCACGUUCAAUCUGCUUCCCUUCUGACGGCCCUCCUCUCGGCCACCAAGGUCGCUGCCCACGGCCAUGUCAGCAACAUUGUGAUCAACGGCGUCUACUACGAGGGAUUUGAUAUCAACUCUUUCCCCUACAUGGGCGAAAAUGCCCCCACUGUAGCCGCCUGGACCACUCCCAACACUGGCAACGGCCCUCUUGCCCCUGAUGACUACUCUUCCCCCGACAUCAUCUGCCACCAGAACGCUACCGCUGGUAAGGGCUACGUCGAGGUUAACGCUGGAGACCGCAUCAGCCUUCAAUGGACCCCAUGGCCCGAAUCUCACCACGGCCCUGUCAUUGACUACCUUGCCCGUUGUGAGCCCAACUGUGCUUCGGUUGACAAGACCUCUCUUGAGUUCUUCAAGAUCGAUGGUGUCGGUAUUGUUGAUGGCUCCAGCGUCCCCGGUGUCUGGGGUGACGACCAGUUGAUCAAGAACAACAACACCUGGCUCGUCGAGAUCCCCAAGUCGAUCGCUCCGGGAUACUAUGUCCUCCGCCACGAGCUGAUCGCUCUUCACUCCGCCGGCACCGAGGGUGGUGCUCAGAACUACCCCUCUUGCUUCAACCUUAAAGUCAACGGUGAUGGUGCUGACAAGCCCGCUGGUGUCGUUGGAACUGAGCUCUACACCCCCACCGGCGAUGGCAUCAUCUUCAACAUCUACCAGGCCGUCUCCAGCUACCCAGUCCCCGGUCCUACCCUCUACACUGGCGCCGCCACUGGAGUCACCCAGGCCACCUCUGCCAUCACCUCGACCGGCACCGCCCUCACUGUUGGCGCCGCUGCUACCACCCCUGCCUCGGGCUCUGGCGCCUCCUCUUCGGCCGCCCCAUCCUCUUCCGCUGCCGCCACUCCCUCUCGCUCUUCUUCGGCUGUUCCCUCUUCUUCGGCUGCUCCCUCCUCUUCUGCUGCUGCCUCCCGCUAA